CGCGCUCUCUCCCGGCUCCUCCCUUCUCUCUGCGUCCUCCGCCUCCUCCAUCCUUUCCGAGAGGCCGAGUAGGCGGCUGCACCAACUUCACUAAAGCUUCCCAAAGUUGCGGGGUGCGCGUGUGGAGUGAGGCAGGGAGCACGGCGGAGAGGCACCGGGCUCUGGGAGCCUUAGCUGCUGUUAGGGAGGCCGCCGGCGGCGGCUAACAGGAUCGGGGUCCUGGAUAGGUCUGAUCAUUCGCCUGCGGCUAGAACAUCGCCCGCCUGGCGCCGCUUCCCGCCCAGUGAGGGGACCAGCUCGGCCGCGCCUCCCUCCCCGCAGCAGCCAAGGAGGCAGAGUUGGAGCGGUGGGGAGCGCGGCCCCCAGCACCUUCUGAACGGGGGACGCAGUUGGGGGCGGAUGCUGCCGGUGCUAGACGCCGGCCUCCGGAGAGUCGGAUCCGCCCGCCGGGAGGAGGAGGCUCGGCCGGGGGUGAGGGGUUCUCCACCUGAAGAGGACAAGUUGGGUCCCAAGCCAUGCCCUUGAGCUGAGUGCCUGCAUCCAGCCCGAGGAGCCCCAUGGCACCCCCUCCCCCAAUGGAGAAAGGACUCACUUUGCUUCAGGAAUGCCGGGACUUUGUACACAGCCUGAAGAUUCGGGGCAAAUACGCCCUGUUCCUGGCAUUUGUGGUCAUAGUUUUUGUCUUCAUCGAAAAGGAAAAUAAAAUUGUAUCCAGGGUCUCAGAGAAGCUGAGGCAGAUCCCUCAAUUUGUGGCAGAUGCCAACAGCACCGACCCAGCCCUGCCCUUAUUGGAAAACGCUUCCCUCUUUUCCCUGAGCGAGUUGGACUCUACCUUCUCUCAACUGCAGAGCUACCUGCACAACUUCAGCCUGCAGCUGGGCAUGGAGCCAGCAAUGAAGGCUCAGGGGCAGGAGGCUGCCGCAGAGAAGUCACCAAAGCAGGCUGGAGCAGGGAAGCGGCGCCACGUGCUCCUCAUGGCUACCACCCGCACGGGCUCCUCAUUCGUCGGCGAGUUCUUCAACCAGCAGGGCAAUAUCUUCUACCUCUUUGAGCCACUGUGGCACAUCGAGCACACUGCGUCCUUCCAGCAAGGGGGCGCCAGCUCGGCUGGCUCAGUGCUGCUCUACCGGGAUGUCCUCAAGCAUCUGUUGCUGUGUGACCUGUAUGUGCUGGAGCCUUUCAUCAACCCGCCUCCCAAGGACCACUCGACUCAGUUCUUAUUCCGCCGGGGAUCCAGCCGCUCGCUCUGCGAGGACCCAGUGUGCACACCCUUCGUCAAGAAGGUCUUCGAAAAAUACCACUGCAGGAACCGUCGCUGUGGGCCACUCAACGUGACCUUAGCAGCUGAGGCCUGCCGCCGCAAGGAUCACAUGGCCCUUAAGGCUGUGCGCAUCCGUCAGCUGGAGUUCUUGCAGCCGCUGGCUGAGGACCCGAGACUGGACCUGCGAGUCAUCCAGCUGGUGCGCGACCCCCGGGCAGUGCUGGCCUCGCGCAUAGUGGCCUUCGCAGGCAAGUAUGAGAGCUGGAAGAAGUGGCUGGCCGAAGGGAAGGACCAGCUGAGCGAGGAUGAGGUGCAGCGGUUGCGGGGCAACUGUGAGAGCAUCCGCCUGUCUGCAGAGCUGGGCUUGCAGCAGCCAGCCUGGCUGCGCGGUCGCUACAUGCUGGUGCGCUACGAGGACGUGGCACGCAGGCCAUUGCAGAAGGCCCGAGAAAUGUACGGCUUUGCCGGCAUCCCCUUGACCCCGCAGGUGGAGGACUGGAUCCAGAAGAACACGCAAGCGGCCGGCGACAGCAGCAACAUCUAUUCCACUCAUAAGAACUCCUCGGAGCAGUUCGAGAAGUGGCGCUUCAACAUCCCCUUCAAGCUGGCACAGGUGGUGCAGGCUGCCUGCGAACCGGCCAUGCGCCUCUUUGGCUACAAGCUGGCGAGAGAUGCCGCCUCGCUCACCAACCGCUCUGUCAGCCUGCUGGAAGAGCGAGGCACCUUCAGGGUCAUGUAGUGGGGAAUGUCCGCGACCCUGGGCACAUUUUCUUGUGAAAGGCUGGCCCCUUCUUCUCUCACACCCAGCCUGGCAGUGAGACACAGUCCUGGCAGGGACUCAAAAUGGGGAACGGUGAUGGAAGUGUAGCCUCUGGCUGUAGCAGUAGGCUUUCUGCCAGCUAGUUUACCCAGCGCAGCUACAGCUAGGAUCUUGGGGCUGCUCUGAGGACAGCAGUGCCCUGUCUCCUUGGUGAUAUACUGGUCAUUCCCACACACCGUAUGGCCUGCAGUGUCCUGAGCAGACCCAAGUACUUUCCUAUGUAUGGACACACCUCCCGGGCUCUGUCUCACCUUGUCACAGAAACAUACAUGAAGCACAAAAAGAUCUGUAGGCUGUGUGGGCCAGAGUCCAAAUAUUUAACAACCAGAAGGGGUAGGCCCUUUCCAGUCACUCCGACCUCCUACUGUAUUAAAUGUUAACCUAUUCCUCUCUGGGUCAGAGAAGACUGGGGUCUGGCUGAGUCCUUGGAAGGAAAAGGGCAGCCUAGGGUGAGGAAGGGGGCGUUUGAAGCUCCUCAGGGGACAGUUGCUGCUUACUAACUGUUACAAAAUGGUUUGAUUAGCUGUUUCAGUUUCUCAUGAAUGUCAGCCUGUGUAGAACAAGACACACAAAGUGCAUGUAGAACAUACAA